AGAGUGGAUACCCGCUUAUAUUUCUAUCUUUAAAUGCAGGUAUAUAUAUAUACACACUUACCUCUCUAUAUAUCCUGGUUUGCGGUGUCUAUACCUGGAGAGUGCUUUACUCAAGCCAGGAACCCAAAAGCCUUUCAGAUUUCAGAGGUCAGAAAAUGAUCCAGGGGUUACCCAGUAGAUUAAAACCAGAGCUAGUUAAAGAACUGACAGACUUGUUCAGAUAAUAUCGUGUAUCUGGAGAGACUUGAUUACUCUUGAUCUUCUAUCAUGGAGCUGAAGAUGUUCAUCCUGGUCUUGGGGCUCCUGGUGGGCUCCGGCUCUCCAGACAUUGGCCCCAAUCAGGGGAAGUGCUCUGACAGUCUGGACCCCGGGCCCCAGAAUCAAGGGAACCACACUCUCACUCCGCAUUCCAAGAAGAACUUCCCGGUUCUGUCUUUUGGUUAUGAUCAUGUAAGGCUCCCCUUUGAGAUCUCAUUAUGGGUUCUGCUGGCUUCACUCAUGAAACUGGGGUUCCACAUGAUGCCUCGCUUAUCCUCCAUCGUGCCCGAGAGCUGUCUGCUGAUCGUGGUGGGUCUGCUGGUCGGUGGACUCAUGAAGCUGGUCGCCGAGGUCCCUCCAGUGCUGGAGUCUAAGAUCUUCUUCCUGUACCUGCUGCCUCCCAUCAUCCUCGACGCCGGCUACUUCAUGCCCAUACGGCAAUUCACGGAGAACCUGGGGACUAUUCUGAUGUUUGCAGUGGUGGGAACGCUCUGGAAUGCCUUCUUCGUGGGUGGUCUGCUGUACGGUGUUUGCCAGUUUGAGGGCCAUAGACUGGUGAAUGUGGACCUUUUGUCGUGUUUGCUGUUUGGCUCCAUCAUCUCGGCUGUGGACCCCGUGGCCGUGCUGGCUGUGUUCGAGGAGAUCCACAUUAACGAGCUUCUCCACAUCCUGGUGUUCGGAGAGUCUUUACUUAAUGACGCCGUCACUGUGGUGCUGUAUCAUCUCUUUGAGGAGUUCUCCAGCGUGGGUACGAUUACCGUCAUGGAUGUGUUUCUGGGUGUGGUGUGUUUUCUGGUCGUGUCGUUGGGUGGUAUCGUGGUGGGUGCCAUCUACGGCCUCCUGGCGGCCUUCACGUCCCGCUUCACCUCGCACACGCGUGUCAUCGAGCCUCUGUUUGUGUUCGUCUACAGCUACAUGGCUUACCUGUCGGCCGAGGUGUUUCAUCUGUCCGGCAUCAUGGCGCUAAUCGCAUGUGGUGCUGUCACGCGUCCCUACGUGGAGGCCAACAUUUCCCAUAAAUCCCACACCACCAUCAAGUACUUCCUGAAGAUGUGGAGCAGCGUGAGCGAAACACUCAUCUUCAUCUUCCUGGGCGUGUCGACGGUGGCCGGGCCGCACGAGUGGAACUGGAUCUUCGUGGUAGCGACCCUCAUUCUCUGCCUGGUGGCACGUGUUCUGGGUGUUGUCGGCUUGACCUUCGUGAUCAACAAGUUCCGUAUCGUCAAACUCACGUCUAAGGAUCAGUUCAUCAUCGCUUACGGCGGUCUGAGAGGAGCGAUCGCCUUCUCCCUGGUCUACCUGCUGAACACGGAUCAUUUCCCCAAGAGAAACAUGUUCCUCACCGCCAUCAUCACGGUCAUCUUCUUCACCGUGUUUGUGCAGGGCAUGACCAUUCGUCCUCUGGUGGACCUCCUGGCGGUGAAGAAGAAACAGGAAACGAAGCGAUCUAUUAAUGAGGAGAUUCACACACAGUUUUUGGACCAUCUGCUGACCGGCAUCGAGGGCAUCUGUGGACAUUACGGACAUCAUCACUGGAAGGACAAGCUGAACCGGUUCAAUAAGAAGUACGUGAAGAAGUGCCUGAUAGCAGGCGAGCGCUCCAAAGAACCACAGCUGAUCGCCUUCUACCACAAGAUGGAGAUGAAGCAGGCCAUCGAGCUGGUGGAGAGCGGCGGCGGAUCCAAGCUGCCCUCGGCCGUGCCGUCCACCGUCUCCAUGCAGAACAUCCAGCCCAAGAAGCCUCCUCAGGACCGAGCGCUGCCGCAGCUCUCCAAGGCUCGUGAGGAAGAGAUCCGAAAGAUCCUACGCACCAACCUGCAGAAGACACGCCAGAGACUGCGCUCGUACAACAGACACACUCUGAUUGCUGAUCCAUACGAGGACGGCUGGAACGAGAUCCUCAUCAAACGGAAGAGAAUGAUGGAGCUGGAAAAGAAGAUAUCACAGAUGAACAAUUACCUCACUGUUCCCGCUCCAGCUCCUGAUUCCCCCACCAUCGCUCGAGCUCGACUGGCUUCAGACCCUCAAGCAUGGGGCCUCAAGUCCCUCACAGAAAGCAUCCCUACCAUUAAAGUGGACCUCGCCUCACCGCAAAGCCCAGAGUCCUUUAACAUGGUGGACGAGAUCGGCAAGAAGGGAAGCCAGCCGAAGGUGAGCGAGGAGGAGGAUGGCCUCACCAUGAAAGUUCCCUCUACGACAAAGCUGAGAAAAGACAAAACUGCCAACGAGGACGACGACAAGGAGCCGCAGCAACGGUUAAUGCGCUGUCUGAGCGACCCGGGCCCCGCCGGCGAAGAGGACGAUGAGGACGAGCCCUUCCUCCACUGAGAGAUGAAUGAGAAUGGAUGUCUUGAAUCUACGGUCCUUGUGGAGGAUCACUAACUGCUGUAAAACAGACGACAGAUGUGUAAUCUGUAGCAAGCCAAAACGAAAGGAAAAUGAACCAAAAUAAAGUAAAUGAAAGGGAGCGAUCAAAAUAAGCCAUUAUUAUGAUUAUCAUUUUAUUUAUCAUUGCUCUUUUCAUUUGAAGCCCGUUCACACCAAGGACGAUAAUUAUAAAGAUAACGAUAAUAGUUUUAAAAAUCAUUCUUAAUAUUAAAGAAUAGCAGAUUCCACACCACAGCUAUAACGAUAUAAGCACAGAGA